AUGAGAUAUUUCGACCAGUCAUUCUCAUCGUCCUCUCCUAUCCUUGUUCAGCUUCCUCAGCUUCCUCCACAGCCUUCUUUCAAAAUGAACUCAGAUCGCCCAACUUUCGCCUCACCUUUCGAGAAAGGCAACGAGCCUCAAUUCCCAUCACCCUCCUGCUCAGUAUUGCCAGUUCCUGCGCCGCCAUCUGCGGCCGGUCGAAAGCGCUCACGCGACGAAGCCGCGCCGAACCUAGGUGACGAUGACUUCCUAGACCCUAUCCCUCAAUCAAAUCCACAAGAGAACGAAGCGGAGUGGGAAUAUGGCGAAGGAAUGGUAUUGAUAAAACCCAAUGUCGGCUAUAUCAUGGAGGCAGACAGCCAGACGGGCACUUGGGCAGAAGAGAAGCUUGAGGAGAAGCCGAAGCCUACGGUGUCACCCGAUGCGCCAAUUCUACGCGCAACCAAGAGCCAGAGGAUAAAUCCCACUGUUUCCUCCAUUGCCGAAGAAGUUUUGCAGAAUGGAGAGCUGAUAGCCUCGUCCCCGGAGAGGUGCAAGGGUCUCGCAGAGCCUACCAUCGAUGACUUCACUCGUCAUUUGGGCAUUGGAUGGUCGUUGAUUAGCGCCGACGAACACAUCCAGGCUGCAGCUCGGGGUUGGACCAAGUACAUUGAGAACCACUACCCGGUCACCAACGCGAAGAUCAGACUUCAAAGCAAGGGCUUGGCAAGUUAUCUAGUUGAAGCGAAUGAGGGAUACUUCUUGUUUGGAGAAGAUUUGAAGCAGGGAAGACUUGUGAGUGCGAGUUUAGAGAAGGUCUGGGAAAAUCUUCGUGGUCCUCAGCCUAUAUUCGACGGAGAGGUAACUAUGGAUGCUGGAGAGACCCCAAAGGCCAAUGGCGGACCACAGCCAAUGACAACGAUUGACGAAACGCACAUGGAAAGCUUGAACGUUAUCGCUAUGAAUGGACAAUCAAGUUCCAACGAGGUGGAUAUGGACUUAAGCUGA